UUUUGUGUUUUUCUUUUCUUUAAACUGAAAAGUCAAAGUGACUUCUAGUUAAGAGUAGUGGAGAGCAGUUUUUGGAAGCAGAAGAACCGUUUUUCAUAUCCACCACCACCCACUACUACUACCACCACUUCAUCACUCCUCCUCCUCAAAUAAAUCUCUUCAUCAACUUCUUCAUCAUCAAACCAACUUCAAUUUUGAUCUCAUAAAAGAGCUUCUUUGUACAUGUUUACUGUGCAAGAAGUGAAUUAAGAUGAACUUACUGUACAUUUUCUUUGGAUGGAGAAAAGCUUCUACAUGUAAGAGACUGAUAAAACGAGUUCAGUGUCGAAUUAAAUUACUGAAGAACAAGAGAGAUUCAGUGAUAAGACAUUAUCGUGAAGACAUUAUUCAGCUUCUAAAGAAUGGUCAAGAUCAUAGUGCAUUCUCCCGGGUUGGGCAGCUCUCCAAUGAUCAGAAUAUAGUGGCUGCAUAUGAACUACUUGACCAUUUCUGUGAAUUCAUCAUGAUGAACUUGCCUUACAUUCGGCAAAACAGGGACUGCCCGAACGACAUUAAUGAAGCAGCAUCAAGUUUGUUAUAUGCUUCUGCAAGAUGUGGUGAUCUGCCUGAGCUGCCUAAGCUACGUAAACUGUUUGGCGAGCGAUACGGGAAUAGAUUUGCAGUUGCUGCAGUCGAAUUGCUCCCUGGAAAUCUAGUCAAUCGUCAGUUAAUUCAAAAGCUGUCAGCUAAAUCGAUAUCGGAUGAUGCCAAAUUCAGAUUGAUGAAAGAAAUAGCUCGAGAAAAUUGCGUUGAAACGGAUCCUUCACUAACUGAUAUUCAGUAUCAGCAGCAGCAAAAUGAUGUUGAGGAGUUUUACUCCGCGAUUGGCGAUUUUCAUUGGGAUGUGAAAGACCCUGACCUUAAGACGGAAUCAUCUCCCUGCAUUGAGUUAUUGCAAGAUGUGAAGCAACUAGACACUCGAGAAGACACUAAAUUUGAUGCGUUCUUAUCGGAUUCGAGGGAACUGGUUAUUGCAAGCAAAGUAGACAACAUUCCAGCGAAACUGGAUACAAUGGAUGAACCAGAAGUAGUUUUUCAGGAUAGCCAAAGAAAUUCAAGAACAUGCAGCAUUACGAGUGAAGUCUCUAAUUCUACUGGACCGCACAAGAUUGAAGCAAUUACAGGAGUUACUACUACAUCAGAGGAUUCAUUUCAGAUGUCGGAAAGAAGCAUUGUUUAUCUUGACGACGAUGUUGAGGAAUUUGAGCCUACUACACCAGUGGAUGGCAAUGUUACUGACCAAAGGGUCUUUAUUUUUAAGUCAGUAUGUGUACCUCUGGGAAAAGAAUCUACUGAGCAGGAUAAAAUUACUGGAGAUAGCAAGAGAUCUACUUUGUCUGAUGAUCGAAUAGAGAAACUAGUUUCAUCUGAUGGUAAAACAAGUUCAAGGUGUUCUUCUAGCAGGAGGAGGAAAUCGUCGAGGAGAAGACUGAAGAGGCGAUAUUUAUCAAUGGAGAACCAAUCACCAACCUCAGUCUGUUCAAGCAUCAUGGAUACUGAAUAUGCAUUUUACUAUACUGAUUCACGGCAUAACCGAAGAAAGAACCAGAAGAGCAACCAGGAGGAGGCACAAUGAAUGAACACCAAGCUGGGUGCAAUUCAUGUCCGACCAGCAUCUCUUUUUGUCACAUUCCAACUGGCAUAACUCACUUGCAACGACUAGGUGUGGUUUUCGUAGCUAGAUGCAACUUUAGCAACUGCAAUUCAUCUCUCAUGGAGCCCAGUUGAUAUGUCGUUGGGUUGCUUGAUUUUUCAAUGCUGAAGUGUCAAGAGGGACUGCUAUUUAUUUGUUUUUCGCAUUAUCGAGUCAGCUUCUUUGAUUUCAGGGAUUGGUUGGUUGGAGGAAAUAACAUUAACAGGGAUUAUAUCAGCUUCUACUGGUUACUUGCCAUUCUUGGGUUCUCGGCUCUCAUGAACUACUUGUACUAGGCAAGGAGGUAUUCAUAUUAACAGCAUUAUCUUGCUCCUAUUACCUUAGUAGAAAUGUCUUCACUAAAUGUUUUUCCUUAACAAUUGAAUUUUACUUUAGUUUUACAAUGUUCAGCUUUGUAUCAGUUGCUGGUUGUCCCUAUCUAAUUCAUUAUGUCCAGGAAAAUCCAUAACAUACAUUUCGUGGCUGAGAAAAGAAAACAAAG